GAGUCGGCUUAGUAUUCAAAGUGCAUAAGAGGGUAGCCGGGCCGGGCCCAAAUUGAGAGUUGCGAGUAUCAAAUAAGAAUAGGGUUUGUGUUGCGACAUUUAGCUAGGGUUAGAAUGAUGAUGAAUUUCCGCCGCAUCGCAGCAGGUUCUCUUCAUCUCUUGCACAAGUCCGCAACGCGUUCCAAACCCUCGGAUUCUGGCGUCAUCGCUCGUCUUCGAUGGACGACAAGGGCUCUUUCUACAACGGAAUCUGCUGAGACGGCGGCGACGACAUCGCCAUCAGAUCCAAACGAAGGCGUUGUCUUUUUUAGCAAAGACAACCUCAUGAGCAGGGUGAAUAGCCUUCACAAGGAAGGCAAACAUGAACUCGCCCUACAUCUCUUUGACUCUAUGGAUGCGCAGAAGGUUGAAUUUACUCCCUCCGAGUUUGCAUUUCAUAUUGAGAUCCUUGCUAAGGUCAAAGGCUUAGCAGCUGCUAAAGCCUACUUCAAAAAAGCAGACCCAGACUUCAACAAUCGAGACCAUCAUGCCAAGAAUUGGCCUGCCUACGCCACGCUCGCGCGCCUGACCUCUGAAGAAUUGGAUGAACUGGCGAACCAUCUCCAUCCACUUAGAAAUUCCUAUUCAAGAAUGGCUGAAUUGGUUUCACCUUCAGUGGUGUCGAUAUUAGCGAGAAAUUACUCUGAAGAAAAAGGAGCUCGAAACAUGUUCGGAUCGGGAUUUUUCAUCGACAAUACAACUAUUUUAACAUGUUCAAACAUAGUUGUAAACUCUCAACGACUUACCGAUGAAUCUUACUUAAAUUCGAGACAAGAGCCAAAAGUAGUUUUGCAUGAUGGAACCGAACUAGAUGGAACACUAGUUCGGUAUGAUUCAGUACAAGAUGUGGCGAUGGUGCGAGUAGAUACUAGCGGGUUGCCGGACGGAUCCUAUUCCCCGGUGAAACUCGGUUUUCCAAACCGAGUUCGUCAAGGGGAUUGGAUUGGCUGUUUUGGAGCACCGCUUCAGCUCCCUAACACCAUCACGUUUGGAGUAGUCUCUGCAAUUCGCACCGCUGAGGAGUUGGAUAUGGGUGACAGGAAAGGACAAUUCUUUCAGAUGGAUUGCACUGUUUGCGGGGGUUCUGGUGGAGGUCCCAUUGUGAGUUUAGAUGGAUCGGUCAUCGGGAUGACCUGUCUUUCCUUUGGAGAUCCAACUGGUCCUACUCAGGAUUCCGGUAUCGCAGUUUCGAUCGACAGUGUUCUCCGUGUACUUGAGCUUGUUUGAUUAUAUUACCUUUUGGUGUGUGUUUACUCGAACACAGAAUUAUAAUAACAAAUUAACUAUUUA